ACACGACGCUGUCACCUAUUACGUACGAAUCUUAUAUAAGUGAGCGGCACGAAUACGGAGCUCAGUCUGCCAUUGCACAUGGCUGCGAGUAGAUGGGUGUACAUUGUUGUUUCUGGACAAGUUGAAGUUUGACAAUAAAUAUUUAAGAUUGAGGUAGUUUUAUAUCGGUGAUUAAUUUCAAAGGCUUCAGUUAAAUAUGUGUCAGGGCAUGAGUAACAGUUGGAUAUUAAACCAAGUUUUUUAAAUUGGAUCAAUAGAAUUAGCGACGGUAUAUUCUAACCUCAUAUGUGAGAAGACCCAAUCUGAGAGUAUGUUUGUCGGUAAUAUUGAAUAUUGUAAACACAGAACAUUCAUUCAGCGGUGAAAGCAGACGAUAGAGAUUCAAUUCUAUCGAUAAAUCAACUUGGCUUAUGAUAAGCAACUUCUUGGUUCGAAUGCUUUGAUUGGUUAUUGAUCUUUAAAAUGACGGGUGGAAAUAAUAGGAAUCUUCUUACCUACGAGACUUUAGUCCAUGCAAUUUCCGGCGCUGCCGGUAGCGUUGUUGCCAUGGCUACGUUCUUCCCUCUUGACACUGUUCGCAGUCGAUUGCAAUUGGAGGAAGAUCGCGAAUCGAAGAACACAUUGGCGACUAUUCGCGAGCUGGUUUCAAAGGAAGGAUUUCACACUCUAUACAGGGGUAUGGUGCCAGUGUUACAAAGUCUGUGCGCCAGUAACUUCGUGUACUUCUAUACGUUCCACGGCUUGAAAUUAUUAAGAAGCUCAAGACGACAAUCAGCCGGCAAUGAUUUGCUGGUUGCGUCAAUCGCAGGUGUAAUUAAUGUUUUGACCACGACACCAUUAUGGGUGGUGAAUACAAGACUAAAGAUGAAAGGUAUUGGUACCAGUGGAGAACAGAAUAAUAACAACUACAACACUUUAUAUGACGGUCUUCUUCAUAUUUGGAAAACUGAGGGAUUACAAAAUCUCUGGGCUGGCACUUUGCCCAGUUUGAUGCUAGUCAUUAAUCCAGCUAUACAAUUCAUGACUUAUGAGAGCAUUAAGAGGCGCGUGAGCGCAUCUUGGGCCGGAUCACAACCACCGAUUAUGGUAUUUUUUGCAAUAGGUGCAAUUGCAAAAACCAUUGCAACUGUCAUCACUUAUCCAUUGCAAUUGGUACAGACAAAGCAGAGGCAUGGUCAUAAGUAUCCUGAACUCUCUCCAAGAGCUGGCGCUUUACAAUUACUAUUUUAUAUUAUAAAGAAACAAGGACUCGGAGGCCUGUACAAAGGGUUGGAGGCCAAACUUCUGCAAACUGUACUUACGGCUGCCUUAAUGUUUCUAGCCUAUGAGAAGAUCUCGACAUUCGUAUUUCGCAUAUUAUUAUUGCACAGACCGCAUUUACGAUAAGUUUUUAACAAAAAUACAUAGGUACAUUCGUGAACUUUCCUUUAACAAAGUUGGUUCGCCUAUCAACAACGCCUCCUUCACUCGUAUUACCUGUCAUUAAAUUGACUGACGUUAGUAACGAAACAGCCAAUUCAUGUGUGUUAUCAACAAACAACUCAGCAAUAAUAAAGCAACAGCAAUACGUUCGAUAUAUUGAAGAUGCAUGUCAUAGAGAUCUUUUACGAGUAAAAAUACCU